AUGCAGUCCAGUUUUCCAUCCAACGUUCCAACUACGUACCGAAGCUAUUAUCUGCACAACGAUACGACAACGCCAAAUAACUUUCCAAUGUUAGAUUCAACGGUAUACGAUACGGCAGAUUACGACAGUGUUCAUGCAGAGAACGCCUCUUCCUACGAUUAUUACAACUGCAUUGCCUCCGACGGAAACAUGUCUUAUUUAAAUGUUUCUUGCGAGACGAUCCUGAACUAUAGCAUACCCUUAUAUGGCUAUUGCACUCCGGCGCUGCUACUUGUCACUCUAACUGCUAAUUCAUUGAUUGUUAUAGUUUUGAGUAAACGAAGCAUGGUUUCUCCAACAAAUUGCGUCCUUAUGGCAAUGGCGCUAUGUGAUAUGUUUACCUUACUGUUUCCUGCACCAGGUUUAAUGUACAUGUACACUUUUGGUAACCACUACAAACCUCUCUCGUUGACUAUCUCAUGUUACGUUUGGAAUGCCCUAAACGAAAUCCUGCCAGCGAUGUGCCAUACGGCUUCAGUUUGGCUAACAUUAGCCUUAGCUGUACAGAGAUAUUUCUACGUAUGCCAUGCUCCAACAGCGCGAACAUGGUGUACUAUACCAAGAGUGAAAAAAUGUAUUGCUUACAUAUGCAUAGCCGCUCUGCUGCAUCAAAGUACAAGAUUCUUCGACAAAUCAUACUCACUUGUUACGAUAGAGUGGAACGGAAAAAUACCUCUCGGUGUGAUAACGGCAAUGCAUAUCAUAUCAUCACUGAUCUACGAGUUCCUUGAUUACUACGUCGCAAAUCUAUUCAUUUUGUUCGGGAACUUUUUUCUUAUAGUUAGUUACCCCAUUAACUUUGCCAUCUACUGCGGUAUGUCGCGCCAGUUUCGAGAAACCUUUAAAGAAAUCUUCAUAAAAUCUCGCCAACAACCGGGAACGAAGACAGACUACGAGUCCUCAAAGUACUCAUUAGUUAACGGUCCAAGAACAUUUACAAAUGAGACUGUGUUAUAA